AUGCUUUGCAAAUCAUACACAGAUAUUGGAUACUCAUCACUAAUAGUCACUCUAUUAGCUGGUCUUAUAGUGUCAAUUUAUCUUAUUACUUCUCAUCCAGAAAUUGAGACAAAUGUAAAAUGCAGAUUCGAAAAUGGAACAUCAGGAGUUUGUGUCAAAAGUUCCAACUGCUUUGUUCGAGAAAAAUUCACUGGACUCUUCAUUGGUGAUGACUGUGGUUUAAGUCACUUGACAUGCUGUCUACAAGAUAAUAUACUACCUGAUGGAACAAAAGACUUUGAAAUUCAUGAAAACUUCAAAUACUUCAAAAACAAAAAAUGUGGAAUUGUGACUCGGCCAAGUCAUAAUGUCGAGCAUCUAACACAUCAUUCUGAGUUUCCAUGGAUUGUGUCUUUGGGUCAUAUUAAUCAUCAUUCUCAUUUAAAAUUCACAUGCGGAGGUUCAUUGAACAAUGAGAAAUUCAUUCUUACUACAGCACAGUGUGUGAUGCCGAAAGAAUCAGAAUUUGAAUUGUCAGUGAUACGAUUGAAAUUCAACAGACAUUCACAAAAUAAAGAAGUUGAGCACUUGGACAUUAAAGACUUCAAAAUUAUUCCACAUUCAGAUUUCGAUCCAGCUAGUCUUCAAAAUGAUAUUGCGCUGAUUAAAUUACAUGAGGCUUUAAAUUUUGAAGAUUAUAAAAUUACGCCUGUAUGCUUGCCAUUAGAAAAAGAAGAGAAAGAUCUGCACGGGCUGAUAGCUAUUGGAAAAAAAUCAAUGAAUUCUAAAAGGCUUUCAAGGCUAUUAGUUACCCAAGUUGAUACAAAAGAAUGUGUUAAAAUCAUAAAUGAAUUGAGCAAAAAUGGUGAUAAUUUUGGAGACAAUAGGAAUAAAGUUAUUCGUCAUUCCACUGAAAAUCAAUUGUGCAUUUUUAAAGACGCUAUUGACUCCGAUUGUAAAGAUGAACAUGGAAUGCCACUACAAUCACUAUCAAUUAUAGGAACAACUACUAUUUGGACUCAGCAUGGAAUUCUAUCAUUCGAUUACUCGUCAUGUGACUUACCAAGCAUUUAUACAAAUGUUCGAAACUAUCUUCGUUGGAUCUUCGAUAAUAUUCAUUAA